CCAUGGACCAUAAUACCUCACUGGGACCCCUGGAUCUAGCAGCCCUUGGGCGGUACCCCUCCCCUUCCCCGAUGCACCUUUGAUGGCGCCUGCCGGCUUGUAGGAUGCCUUUCCUUCCCUCCUUCUUCCUGGUACGUCAUCCUCACCUGGCCUCGCCGGACGGUGACCCCGCCUUCCACCAUGCAUGAUGAACGGAGCCUGCAUCGCAACGCGGUGGCCUGGCUGGCUUGCUCGGGGCUGUCGGUUCUGGCCAACGCCUGGGGGAUUCUCAGCGUGAGCGCCAAGCAGAAGAAAUGGAAGCCACUGGAGUUCCUCAUUUGCACGCUGGCCGGCACGCACAUCCUUAACAUCGCUAUCCCCAUCACCAUGUACUCGGUCGUCCAGCUCCGCCAGCAGCACUCCAGCUACGAGUGGAACGAGGGGCUCUGCAAGGUCUUUGUCUCCACCUUCUACACCUUGACCCUGGUCACCUGCUUCUCAGUCACCUCGCUUUCCUACCACCGGAUGUGGAUGGUCCGCUGGCCCGUCAAUUACAGGCUGAGCAACACAAAGAAGCAAGCUGUGCACACGGUCAUGGGCAUCUGGAUGGUGUCCUUCAUUCUCUCGACGCUGCCAGCAGUGGGCUGGCAUGACACGGCUGAGCGCUUCUAUGCCAGCGACUGCCGCUUCAUCGUGACGGAGAUCGGGCUGGGCUUCGGCGUCUGCUUUCUGCUCUUGAUCAGCGGGAGUGUCAUCAUGGGCGUGAUUUGCGUGGGGAUCGCCCUCUUCCAGACCUUCUCCAUCCAGAUGGGGCACAACAUCGACAAGAACAAGUUCAACGUGCCCACCAUCGUGGUGGAGGACGCCCAGGGCAAGCGCCGCUCAUCCAUCGACGGGUCGGAACCCAUCAAGACCUCGCUUCAGAUCACCUACUUGAUCACGGGGAUCGUGUUCAUCUAUGACUUUCUGAUGGGCUUCCCCAUAUUGGUGGUGAGCUUUGCCAGCCUGAAGUCAGACGUGACCUAUGACUGGAUGGUGCUGUGCGUGCUCUGGUGCUCAGUCAUCCAGUCCCUCCUCCUGCCUCUCUUCCUCUGGGCCUGCGACCGCUACCGGGCUGACGUCAAAUCCGUCUGGGAGAAGUGUGUGGCCAUCAUGUCCAACGACGAUACGGAAGAAGCAAACAGCCUCGAAGGGGCAAUCCACACUGACCUGAUCUACGAGAGGGCCUACGAUUACAACUUCUCUGGGGAUGCCUUGACCUUGGACCACAUGAGCAAGUACGACCUGUCGGCUCUGGAGAGGGGCCUCCCCCAAGUCUACCCCAUAAAGCCUUCGACAGAGGACAAAAUGCAGUAUCUCCAGGUCCCACCCACAAGGCGGUUUUCCCACGAUGAAACAGACAUCUGGACAACUGGUCAGAUUUCUGCCUACCUCCAGCGCUGGGGAGCGGGUGAGGACGUGGCUUCUGGCCUGGCCCACUUGCUCGUCCCACGGCAUGGCCAUGACCGACGAAGGGCCAGCCUCGUCUCCUACCAGGAAGAAGGACGCCCAUACCGCAAGCGCAGGAAGUCCGCCGAGAGCGUGCUGGCCCUGCGGCCCUUCUCCUACGAAGACUUCUACAAGGAGGGCGGCGGCUACCAGUGCUUCAGCAAGGAGGAGGUGGUUAAUUUCAUCGAUGACCAGAUGCCCGGCCCCAGGAGUGUCCCCUUACGCUCUGCUUCUAUCUCCCUCAUCCCGGACACCCUCCAGCAUUGCUCCGAAGCGGCAGCCCUCACCUGCUUCCCUUUGACCGAUUUUGAGCGGGAACCCCAAGUGCUGCGCCGUUUCUCGGGGCGGGGCUGCUCGCUGAUGGUGCCAGGGCCUUUCCUGGUACAGGAGGAUGCCAAGAAUCUCUUCCCCAAAGGCAGUGGUGGCACCCCGUGCUUUGAGCAGAUCCACAUCGAGCUAUGCGAGGCCCAGACGCCAGAGGACCUCGGGGUGAGCAGCAGCUGUUCAGAGCCUGAGGGUUUUCGGACAGGUCUCAGUCCCUCAUGGGGGGGGCCCGAGGACCUACAGGGAAAUGGUAGCAAAGGGGGCAGCACGAGCAGCUUUUUGAGUUCGCCCUCCGCCUCCUCUGGAUAUGUGACGUUCCACUCGGAUUCUAUUGGCUCAGCUUCCUAGAGCUGACCUUGAGAGAGGCCCUUGUGCAUGCCGUUGGCUUGGCUUGGUUUUUCACGACGACUCUUCCCCUCUCCUUGCGGUCUGGAUUUCGUUGUCGGGACUGGUCAAAGCACCAAAGAAGCCCUUCUGUGCCAGUCUCUCGGGUGUUCUGUUCAAAAGGUGGGGGAAUGAGAGAGAGAAGGCAACCAAGAUGCUUCCAGGAAAUGAGGAUUCAUUCCAAAUUGUUGGUUGUUCUGAAUAACACCUCAGGAUUCUUCUUUCCUGUCUGGCGAGGGGGAGAGCCCCGGAGGAAGGAGCGGCCUGCUUCUUUUCCUUCUCACCAGUGGCAUGAGCUGAUCGAACAUCAAGACUCAUCAGGAAUUUGGGGGAGUUUCUUUUCGUUUUUUUUAACAGCCCCCCAUUUUUCCUCCCUCUGGUACUUUAUAAGUCGGUGUGACAUUGUGCAUGAAUUUCUCUGUAUUGAACAAUACUGCAAUGCAUUUCUGGACGAGGCUGUUGUUACCAAAAGCUGGGGGUUCCCUUUAACAUUGGUGCAAGGGGUGCGUGUCUG